AUGAGCGCUCUCCUAGAGCAGAAGGAGCAGCAGGAGAGGCUGCGGGAGGCCGCGGCCUUGGGGGACAUUCGGGAGGUGCAGAAACUGGUGGAGAGCGGGGUGGAUGUGAACUCUCAAAAUGAGGUCAACGGCUGGACCUGUUUACACUGGGCAUGUAAACGCAAUCAUAGUCAGGUGGUCUCUUACUUGUUAAAAUCGGGAGCUGACAAAGAGAUUCUUACCACAAAAGGAGAAAUGCCGGUUCAAUUAACAUCAAGGAGAGAAAUAAAAACGAUGAUGGGAGUGGAAGAUGAUGACAAUGGUGACAACCUCCCUCAGAUGAAGAAGGAGUCAGAACUGCCCUUUGUUCCCAAUUAUUUGGCCAACCCAGCCUUCCCUUUUAUCUAUACCCCUGUGGCAGAGGAUUCGGCCCAGCUACAGAACGGGGGCCCCUCCACACCUUCCGCAUCACCCCCUGGAGAUGGCUCUCCUCCAUUGCUCCCCACUGGGGAACCUCCCCUACUAGGGGCCUUUCCACGAGACCACACCUCUUUGGCACUGGUUCAAAAUGGGGAUGUGUCUGCCCCCUCUGCUAUACUCAGAACACCCGAAAGCACAAAACCAGGUCCUGUUUGUCAGCCUCCAGUGAGUCAGAGCCGAUCUCUGUUCUCUUCUGUUCCGUCCAAGCCACCAGUGUCUCUGGAGCCUCAAAAUGGGACAUUUACAGGACCAGCGCCCGCAUUCCAGCCAUUUUUCUUUACUGGAGCAUUUCCAUUCAAUAUGCAAGAGCUAGUACUCAAAGUAAGGAUUCAAAACCCAUCUCUUCGAGAAAAUGAUUUUAUUGAAAUUGAACUGGACCGACAGGAGCUCACCUACCAAGAAUUGCUCAGAGUGAGUUGCUGUGAGCUAGGUGUUAAUCCAGAUCAAGUGGAGAAGAUCAGAAAGUUACCCAAUACUCUGGUAAGAAAGGACAAAGAUGUUGCUCGACUCCAAGAUUUCCAAGAGCUGGAACUGGUUCUAACAAUAAGUGAAAAUAAUUUUCUGUUCAGAAAUGCUGCAUCCACACUGACUGAAAGGCCUUGCUACAACAGGAGAGCUUCAAAACUGACUUACUAGUGCAGCAGGGACUUCUGUCACUGAGUAUCAUGACAGUGCGUGUCACCUCUGGGCCAAGGACAAGCCAUUGAUCUAAAUGCCUUGGAUGCUGGAGGGCCCCUGGUGCCACUGAUAGUGUACACUAACAUUAUUCUGCCAAGGUAGGAAGCCCCCGACCCCCACGCAGCGGUGCCACUCUUCCAAGCCUCUUGGUGCACAAUAAAUCUAUUGCUCGAAGCUGUGAACAGUGGAGAAGUGGUAUGGAGAGGCAGAGCCGACGGUUCUGUAUUCCAGUGUUUUACGUGCAGAAUGUAAGACAGUUGUCUAAGCAGAAGCUGGGAGAGCGGAGCCUAUUUCUAGCCAUUCCUGUUGACAGUGCUCCUGAAGGGCCAGGAUGCGCUUUUCUUGGUAUUGCAUGCUCACAACUCUCCUGAAAUGUGAACUGAUGGGAAAGCGCAGGUACUAGACAAAUGGGUUUCAGUGUGACUUGUGGCUGUGAGGUUUCAUAUAACAUAUUUAUAAAUGUUACUCAGGUUAAAAGUAUUUAAGAAUACAGUUACCUAAUUGUAAAUAUGCUGUUAACCAAAAGAGCUUCCCCUCCCCCACAUUUUGCUUUGUAAACACUCAUGACUGCUUUUCUGUCUCUAGUCAGCCAUUGCCUAGCCCUAGACAGUCAUCUCUGCAUUAACUCCCCUGUGUGGUCACUAGAGGGCUCUCCGAUGCCUUCCAAAAGAGCAACCACUUUUUUUUUAUAAACUGAAAUGAUUCCUGCCAUCUCUGUGUUUAAUUGCACCAUAUGAGAAGAGCACAAACAUUGCCUGUCCAUGUUCUCCACUUUCAUUUUCCACUAGAAAUGAAAAGCAAUUUUUGAGACUGAAUCUGUAGCUGUUUUAAAGGUUAUUGUGGGAAACUGAGCUAAAGGAGUUAGAAUAUUUAUUUUUGUAUCAAAGAUAAAGGUUAUUUUGAAAUUAUUAGAAUUUUUACACAAUUCUGAAAUCUGUUGCUUUUUUUAAACAAAUUGUUUGAUCUUAGGGAUCCCCCAUGACCCCCAUCAAUCCAUUAUCCCUAACAAAGUCAAUCGUGAGUCUACCAGACUUUGUUCUGGAAAAAACACACAGCUGAUUAAACUCUUGAACAUGGCAUAAAAAUUUUUUAAAAGAAUGCAUUCAAGAAUUCUUUUCCUUCCCUCCAGUGUCAUUCAUGUGAAAAGAAACGCCACAGUCUUGUUGAAACAAAAAGCUUAACUUGAGAGAUAAGAAUGAGCACAGAGUCAGGAGAGCAGGGUUUGGGGCCAGCUGUUGAAGAGCAUCUCUGCUGUCUUAAGAAGAUUUUUCCCCAUAGUGCCUAUAGUUUCCAAAGAAACUUAACUUCCUAACUGUUAAUUUUGUUGGAACACGAUUGAGAGAGAAUGUGCAGAAAAUGUCAGUGGAAGAGAAUGUGGUGCUAAGAUGACAGCCUCCUGCUGCUGCCCAAAUGCUGAGCUGAGGUUGAGGUGUUUGCAAGGCCAGCUUCAUGGAGUCACGCUGUUCAGUGACUAAACUGUAUUCCAGCAUUUACUGAUGGUGACUUACCCUUGUCCAGUGUUUGCAUGGCAGAGUAAAGGUUACUUAUUAAUCCCUUUCUCUGAAGUACUUUAAAAAAGAAACCUCCCUUGUGUUUCAACCAAUCAGAAGCUAGUUUAUCUAGACAUAGUAAUCUUUCCCCCACUUUCCUUUAAAAAAGUUUAAUGAUAAAAUUAAGAUUAGUUCUGUCCUAGAGAAAAUAAAUUCAGUAUUAAUUCAUGUCUAAAUCACUGGGGUUAAAUCUCUUCUAGCAAUUAGAGAUUCAGAAGCAGGGGAGGCCCUUGGCUGGGAGGUGGUCUGCAGAGGAGUAGUCCAGGCCAUUUCCAGGGCUUACGGAACAGAGGGAGCCAGGGGCUUGGCAGCUCAGAUGAGAGAUGGACCGCACACCGGUCUCUCUUCUGUAUAAAGUCCUCUGUGGUCCAGUGACUCCUAGGUAUGGCCGUCGGAUAAGACUGCACAGUUGCUGGUAGGUGAGUUUAAAGUCUUAAUCUAUGCAUUCAGAGAAAUAUUUUUAUAUGCUUUGUGUAAUUUAUAACAAAGAUUUUUUUUUAGUUUUGUUAACUGUGAAUUCACCCCACCUCUCCACUGCAUAUUUAAAGCAUGUGUUCAUACUGUGGGCAAACACUCACUGAAGAUAAUUUUCUUUGUGCAUUGCUGACUGUUCAAAUAUAACAAGUAUUAUUAAA